CCUCCUCCUCUUCCUCCUCCUCCUCCUCCGACGAUAUUUUUAUUUUCGAAAGAAAAAACCCCAUUUCUUCCUAAAUAUCUCUAUCAAUAUUAUUUUAUUUUUUCCCUCCCGAAAUGGAGAACCGAAGCUUCGAGUGACGGUCGUUUCAAAGAUGGAGACGGCGAUGGAGCGGGAGUGCAGCGGCCUGGGGGGGCUGUUCCAGAGCAUCAUAGCAGACAUGAAGGGCAGUUAUCCAGUCUGGGACGACUUCAUCAGUAAGGCCAGUAAACUGCAGUCACAGCUCAGGACUACAGUUGUCAUGGUGACAGCUUUUCUGGAUUCUUUCCAGAAGGUGGCCGACCUGGCGACCAACAGCCGAGGAGGGACCAGAGACAUCGGUUCCGCUCUGACCAGGAUGUGUGUGAGGCAGCGCAGCAUCGAGAACAAACUACGACAGUUCUCUCUCCUGUUCCUGGACUGUCUCAUCAACCCCCUCCAGGAGCAGAUGGAGGAGUGGAAGAGAACAGCCAACAGCCUGGACAAAGACCACGCCAAAGAAUAUAAAAAAGCUCGUCAGGAGAUUAAGAAGCGUUCGUCAGACACUCUGAAGCUGCAGAAGAAAGCCAAGAAAGCUGAUGUCUAUGGUCGAGGGGACCUCCAGCCUCAGCUGGACAGUGCUCUGCAGGACGUGACUGAUAAAUAUCUGCUGCUGGAGGAGACGGAGAAGACGGCCGUGAGGAAGGCUCUGGUGGAGGAGAGGAGUCGCUUCUGCUGCUUGGUCUCCAUGUUGAGACCUGUGGUGGGGGAGGAGGUGUCCAUGCUGGCUGAAGUCACUCACCUGAAGACUCUGACUGAAGACCUGAAGCUCUUAACCAUGGACCCUCACAAGCUGCCGCCGUCCAGUGAACAGGUGAUCGUGGACCUAAAGGGUUCUGACUGUACCUGGUCCUAUCAGACUCCGCCCUCGUCACCCAGCACCCAGUCCAGGAAGUCCAGCAUGUGCAGCAGUCUGAACAGUGUGAACAGCAGCGACUCUCGCUCCAGCGGCUCCCACUCCCACUCCCCUACCUCCCACUUUCGUUACCGCACCUCCUCCUCUUCCUCCUCCUCUCUGCUCCCGCUGCAGACUCCUGCUCGACUCUCCUCCAUCUCCUCCCACGACUCUGGCUUCAUCUCCCAGGAUGCCUUCCACUCCAAAUCCCCGUCUCCGAUGCCCCUGGAAACCUGCCAGGACUGGGCCAAACCAGGUCCAUAUGAGCAGCCAGUGGUCAACACUCUGAGGAGGAGCAGAACUUUAGAUCCCAGCAUCUACCGGGGUGUGGGGGAGGAGCCACAAAGAGUCAAAGGAGGACAAAAGCUGGAGGACCGAGAGGUUCACGAGGAGUUGGCCAGAGUCCUGGCUCGCGGUCUCCAUUUAGACCUGCAGGGUUCCAGCAGGGACUCGCUGCAGGGGUCCAGUGGCUACAGCAGCCAGACCAACACCCCCUGCUGUUCAGAGGACGCUAACGUGUCACACGUGUCAGACUGUGACUACUACAGCGUUGGUGUGGUGGACCAGGACAGUGAGCAGCAGCAGUCCUCGUCGCCGUCCCCCCUCCCCAGGAACAGUCACAUCAACCAGACCAACCGUCGGAUGUUCCAGUCCAAACGCCCCUGCUCCACCCCCGGUCCGACCUCGAGUCCCACCCCUGGUGUGGCCACCAUCCGACGAACACCGUCCUCCAAACCAAACCUCCGCAGACCCUCCGCAGGCCUCGGUCUGGGUCCUAUACCCAUCAGACCUCCCAUGAUCCCUGUGAAGACCCCGACUGUCCCUGAACAUCUGGGCCUCCCCAACAGAACCUGGUCGGAGAACACGCCCCCCAGUCCUUUAACCACGCCCUUGUCCCCCGGGUCCAACGCGUACCACAAGCAGAACUUUGUGGAGACUUCUUCAGAUCCUCCCACGCCUCCGCCCCAGCCCGGGGCCCGGGUGUCAGACUGGGACCGUAGGCCCCUGCCGGAGCUCCUGGAGGAGGCGGAGGUCAGUGAGGUGGAGGACUACCUGGUGGCCAUUCGACGAGGAGUCAUCCUGAGGAAGACCAUAACCAAGGACCGGUCAGCACCAAACAUUCUGAGGGAGCAGUCGGAUUGUUAACGCCCCGGACAGAACCCCCCAAGAACUGGACAAGAACUUUCCAGGAUCAUCCAGGAUCCUUCGUCUGUGCCUUGGCUCCUCUUCAGCACCUCGGACAGAGACAAUAAAAAACGACGACACACUUUCCCAUUGAAACUGAGGAUCUUGGAGAACUAGAACUCAGCUCCUCUGUGGGGGCAGGAACCAGAGCUUUGGAACACUGGCCAAGGUUCAGGUUGAGCCCUGGUGUCCGUCUGACACUGAAACAGUUCUAGGAUCAAUGGUACUAACGUGAAUUCUUUCCUCUGACCAAGGAGACCCCUUGUGGUAUCUAAAGGAUCCUACAGCCCAGAACUGUUCUUCAUCAGGGUCAGAUGUUCCUUGGGUCAUCACUGAUGAAGACACCCAGACAGUACCGGGGUCUGGAGGCGUGCCAAGAGUUCCCGAAAAGUAAAAGCCCGCCCACAGCAGGUCAAAGGUCAACCUCCGAAAUAAAGUCCAGAUCCAUGGACCAUGAGCAAGAAGCCAAAUGUCCACAGGUGGUGCUGUAGUGAAGGUGAAGAGCCAACGACCAAGGAUGGAGUCGGACCUGUUCUUGGAGAACCUCCUGGCCCGUGGAUCUUCAUGGAGGGUUCUCUAAAACCCCACCUUUGGAUAAGAAAAAAAAUCUCCCAUCAUCCUCUCUGGGGUCUACGGAGCAGACCCUGACCUGGAGGCAGAACCCACAACAGAGACCUGAGAUCUUCAACCUUCUGAUGGAAGGUUGGCCAAUGACGAACCGGGGAACGACCAAUCAGAACCGUUUGUCCCAGUAAACAGUUCUGGUACUGACAGUCCUCCAUCGCGUAAAGAAACAAAAGUCUUGGGUUCGAUUCUCAUUUUGAUACCAAAUACCAUGAAGUCAUUCCUGGAUGUUGGCCUUGUUGUACAGGACGAAUGGUGCCCUCUGGUGGGCUGCGUGAAGCCGUCGUUAGAGGAUUCAGAGGAGAUGUAACGUGCGUUUAAGCCCCGCCCAGGUUACUGUACGACAUCAGAACGACACUUGACAGUAAAUGUUAGCUUUAGUGAUGUCGACCGUUACGACCUGCGAACGACUGUGAUAGCAUGCAGUUGCUAACUGUAAAAAGUCUCUGUUACCGUGUUGAAAGCUGAUUAGCAUAACAAGCUAAAAAUACUCAAUUCUAUAAUACCGUCAAAUUAGAACAAUGUGGAACCGAGCAGUUCAUCAGUUCUGUUCUUGUUUGCUGGUUAAAUUCCUUCUCCGAACUUUUCAUUUUUAAGCAAGAAAAUUCUUUUGUUCUUCGAGCGUUCCUGGACUUUGUAGUAAAUCUGUUCCUACGAUGUGACUUGAUUUUCUAAAUUUGAAACGAUGUACAUACUGUACAUUAGUAGCUAGGUCACUCACUUACGCUAACGCAGUGCUAACAUCAGUAGAGGAGUAGACGAAUGUAGCGCGAUCCAAGGUGAGGGCGAAGGUAAAGAAAGUCGACUUCCACUUAUAGCGCUACGUGACAGCGUAUACAUCCGCUCCGCUCACCAUCUAGUUCCCGUGCGAACUUGUUUUAACGCUGUACGUCAAAAUGAUGGAAUGAGGUUUUCUUAAUAAAUUUAUGAGAGAUGAUGAUGUAACCGACGACGAAACGCCGUAAGUCGAUGAUGUCGUGAGCCGACGACCCCCUGUAUUUGACAAGAACGUCGACGUUAGCAUCAUUUGCUUGUGAGCAACACGAUGUAAGACAUCACUGCCGGUGGCUAACCAGCAUCGUUAGCUAAGACGAAGUUUAUUGAUUCUGACCGACCAGUCGUACUGUAGGAUCGCGAGCUAAAGCGUUAUUUUAGUUUAAGAUAAAUGAACCUAGCAUGUCGUUUCCAGUGAAUGUUGGUUCAAACAGCAGAGGGCGUAGUUGUUAUCCACACACUGAAUUAAUUUUUCUCUUUUUGUCGUUUGUUUUUAUUCUGCCUUUUUUUCAUCUGUGUCUUAGCUACUGUGUACGGGACAGGUUAGCGCCCCCUGUGGGUCCUGAGGUCUGACGUCAACAUUUCUCCAGCUCAGGUUUUCUGACUGUUGCGAAGCUGAUGCGUUUAGGGAACGUGUGUGAAGCUGAACAGUCUGUGCUGCUGCCGUCGAAUGUUGUUAAAGACAAAGUCGGAAAAUCUUCUACGGGAUUGUUUGACCUUUGACCUUUGACUCAGAUUGCAGAUUUAAUUUUUUUUUCAUGAAUAACUCAUCGCUGCUCAACAAAUGUUACGUUAUUUUUCCGCUGCAGGAACCAGUGAAGGCAUCAUCACCACAGCAGUUGCAUGACAUGAAAACAGCGCCACCUGCAGUGUCAAAUAAAAACCAUCAUUGUGCUU